CGAAAUCAGCCGAAUAAGGAUAAGCGGUAUUGAACAUGGAUGCAUGGAUUGAUGGAUGGAUGGAUAGAUGGAUUGAGUAUAAAUGUGCUGUGUUAAAGUAUGGCAGAAGUGUUGCAACAGCGCCUGUUACUGGUGAAUGGUGACAUGUGCAAGCUGCCGUCGAAACUGUCCAGAACUGUGGAUUUUACACGACCUUGAGCAAGAAUGGUGGCCGAGGAGAUUGUGGUCUCUCUGUCGGGGGGGUCCCCAUGGGGCUUCAGACUUCAGGGAGGAAUGGAGCAGCAGAAGCCUCUACAGGUGGCAAAGGUACGCCGGCGCAGCACAGCCUGCAGAGCCGGACUGAAGGAGCACGAUGAGCUGGUUGCCAUUGGCAACCAGAUGUGCGCAGAGCUCAGUCAUGCUCAGGCCAUGAGCCUCAUUGAUGGACAGAGUGCUAUUCUCCACCUAAGGGUGAAAAGGACUCCUGCUGCAUUUCACUCCUCCUCAUACUCUGGUCGCUCCUCACCUCCCCACCUCUGUGCUGUUUCCUCCUUGUCCUCCAUCCUCUCCCCCUCCACUGAGCCCAGCGGCAUCACCUCUCCUCCGGACAGCGAGGCCUACUACGGCGAGACGGACAGUGACGCUGACACGCAGUCGCACACGCUCGGCCGCCAGCAAAGUACGCCUCCUCAUGCCCGCUCACCUGGUUGCUCUGACAACCACCAUGAGGAUGAGACAUCUGAAAUGAGCGGAUAUGAGAGUGCCAACGAUGCAGCAGUACUCCCAGUGCAGGCCCAGUGGGAUGUUCCAGUUGACUUCGUCUGCCAGCCCAACCAGAUGGACUGGACCCCAUCCCGCAGCCUCACCCAAACGCAUGAUCAGGCUUUGACGGAGGCCGAGGGGGAAGGAGACAGCGGCUUCCAGGACGCGGGGGGCUGCGCCGGGAUGGGCGUAUGCCCGCCUUUGGUGUCUCCGGAGCGGGCCAAGGAGGCCCUAAUGCUGGGGUCUGCUGGGUGUCAUCUGGUGCCCAUGGUGGGACACCAGCAGGGGCCUGUGUGCGAGGAGCUCUCCACCACCUACAUGGACAAAGCACGACAAGCCAAGCUGCAGCGUGGCCCUAGUCUGGUGGAGAAGCAGGUGAAAGAAGCUCGUUCGAAAUGCCGCUGUAUCGCCUCCCUGUUGACCAAUGCUCCCAACCCAAACUCCAAAGGGGUGUUGAUGUUCAAGAAGCGGCGGCAGAGGGCCAAGAAGUACACACUGACCUGCUUCGGCAAGGCUGAGGAGGAGGACAGGGGCGGGGAGACCACCGAGGGGGAGACGGAGGAGGAAGGUGGGAGCUCCGUCCAAAGCUCUGAGGUUGAUGAGGAGGGCUUCUCAGCUUCGUUUGACCCCACAUGGGACAGUGGUUACUUAGACCUGCUGGACAGGAGAAGCGCCGCUUGCCCACCCACCACUCCAACAACUGCCAAUCACAGCCAGGGAUUUCAUAGCCCACACGACCACAGUCAAACACUAGAGGCACCUGUCAAUCAAUUCCCAAGCUUGGAUGUAAUGGGGUUGGAGAGCAUGAAGCAACCAGCCCUGCCAUCUUACCAAAUGUCUGCGCCAAUUCUUCACAACGAGGGGGCAGUCGCCAUAAGUAGGGCUAGUGUUACGCUAAGGUCACCCCCUUUAAGCUUCCCUACAAAACGAAAUGGCCAAUGCACCAAUCUCAGUCCAAGUCCUUGCUCUGAUCCUAGCUUGAAUGCCAGUUUAAAUACUACUGCCUCAACUCUCAAUCGCACCGCCCGACCCUUCACUCCUGGCCCCACCCCUUCUCGCUCAUCUGUCACGUCUGUGAUGUUUCACCCUCCCCAGCCCAGACCAUCCUCCACCACCCCAGUAAGCAAACCUGCGGAGGCCGUCAUCAUGAUGACCACCCCGCUGGAUGCCAAGAGGGCGGUGUCCAGCACCUCCCUUUACAUUCCAGCUCGAAAUAACAGUGCCACCUCCUCCGUCAGCUCCCCUGGUCUCUUAUCCCCCACCUUGUUGUCUUCACCUCCGUCCAAUCCAUUUCCCCCUCACGCCUUGGUUCAAGCUUUACACUCCAACCCUCUUUCCCCCAUUGAUCCUCAAGGUUCCCAAACCUAUCCAUCAGCCACUCAAUCCUUCUCACCUCCACAGGCAUUUCACUCACCCCCUACCUUUUAUCAACCUCACUCCCCUGGAAUUUCUGUUCCUCCUAUCUCCCAGGUGCAAGUUCCCAUGUCUCCUCCUCCCACACAGCUUUCUCCAGCUGCACCUGCUCAUCCCUGCAUCCCUGCAGUACCAUCCCAAGGUACCCAUGCUGCCAUUGCCACUGCACCGCCUCCUCAAGCCUCUGGCUUGACCUCCACUUGUGAACAGCGGACCUCUGUCCCAGACGGUCGCACUGGCAUCCUUCAUGAUGCGAGACAAAGAAGCAACAAAAAGCCAAUGUUCAGCGCCAUCCAGAGCAAAGAUGUGUCCCCUAAUCCCGCCUUGAUGGCCAUGGUGCAGAGCAUGGAUGACUCCUGUGGGAGAACAGUCGGUGCAGAUCCUGGUGCUGCAACCGGUGCUGAGGUUUGUCAUGAGUCCGGGCCCGAGGAGGACUGGUUGAGGCUGGGGGCCGAGGCUUGUAACUUCAUGCAAGCUCAACGGGGACCCAGGCCACCUCCUGUUGCUCCAAAACCACAUACCCCUCAGGCAACUCAACUGGCAGGGAAGGGGGGUCAGAUGUUUGCCCGCCGCCAGAACCGCAUGGGUCGAUACGUUGUUGAACAAAGCUCCCCUGUGUCUGCAGCGCCAUUCUCUCCUUCCCAGACCAGGGAGCCUUCACCGACACCUUCUCUCCCGUCCACGUGGAAGUACUCCUCAAACAUCCGGGCCCCCCCUCCCAUUAGUUACAACCCCCUCCUCUCACCUUCAUGUCCCCCUAAAGCCCAGAAGAAGGCAGAGGCGACAAAGAUCGGACCGCCUGGACCCAAAGGGAAGAAAGCCUUCAACAAGGAAGUGGACAUCAUGAACCACCAGCCCUACCAGCUCAACUCAUUUCUGUUCAGCUAUGGAGGCGUGACUCCGCAGGGUGCCUCCAAUCAUCAGCCAGGUAGCCCUCAGAAAACUACGCAAGUGUAUGAAGUGAAGCGCUUCUCCACACCCCCUCCGAUAGCCACAGCCCCCACACUAAAGCUCAUCCAACCUCGAUCGGCCACCACCCUCGGGGAACCAAUGUGGCGCUCAGACAUGGCAUCCCCUCCGCUGCAAACGCCCCCCUGUCAAGCUCAGACACCCACCACACCUUAUCAACCUCGGUGGUCCCCUGGACCCUUGUCCCCUCUCCUGCCCCCUGCGCCUACAGCCCCCCUCCCCCAGCUUCCCACUUUUGCCUCAGCGCCACACCCAGUCAGGUCCCCCUCGUGCUUCCCCCUUCAGGGCUCCCAGCCCCAGAAACAACAAGCCAAUGGGCAGUUUAAAAGUGCACCGGAUCUGAGUCCUCUUGGUUACUCCGGUACAAUGCAGCAGACGUCCACCGGCAGCCAAUUUAGUAGGGUGCCCAGGCCCAGGUUCAGCACCUAUAGUCUGGGCUUGCAGCCCUGCGUGUGGCGCCCUGGAUCUGCCAGGCAAGCUAACCCAUUCUGACCUGGACCCAUAACAUAGCACUACACUUUAGUUCUAAACACAUUUGAGUUUGUUAAAGGGAUAGUUCAAAUUUUUUUGACAUGAAGUUGUACGAAGUCCCCAUCAGCACAGUAGUGCAUCAACUGUGACUCCCCCCCCCCACUUCGAUUUGUGAGCUGAAGUUCUGGUCGGAUUUCCUAAGUAUCCCUUAAAUGUUGUUAUUCAAGAUUAGGUUAGAUUCAAUCAAUGACAAGAACCUGAUCAACGAAUCGAUCACUCUGUUGAUUACUGUUUGAUCCUCAUUGGUUCUGGUGUAAAGGUUGUUUAGGUUGUUUUGCUGGUUUAGCAAAGGAAAGGUACCUCGGAGAACUCGAGAAAGGCGACAGGAUUAGAAAAGCAGAUUUUUAAAGGCAGGGAACAAAGACACUGAAAUCAGAAUGAAGUAUAGAGGAUGUGGAAUAGACUGAUUUAGUUUUGGAUCUGUGAAGCGAUGGAAAUAUUGUUAAAACAAUAUUAGUACAAUUCAAUUUGCAAACUAUAUAACCCCGUUGCGUUUUAGUGGGUUUUUUUAUGUUACUGAAUAUAGUGGUGAGUGCUUUGUUUGUUUUUCGUAAUAUCACACCCAAAAAACCUAAUGUGUCCACAUGGGACAGGAGGCAAGCAUAUCUCCCCCCCCUCUCCCGUGGCUGUGAUUUCUAUUCCACAGAGACAUGGUGGCCAAAUAAAAAUAGA